AUGAACUGGGUAAGCUCAUCACUGGAACUAGCAGGCUCGCUGCUUGAGUCUGUGGAUGAACAAGCAGCGCUCACACUGGCCGGGAAAGAAGGAGAGGAGGAUGGAGCACAAGAACAAAGCAAAAGGAUGCUACCAACUAUGCGAACGAGUCAAACGUCCGCAGUAAACGCAUUAAGCAUGAAGGACAAUACCGGUGAAUCUAUGCCGAAAGAAUCGCCAGUGAUGAUGGAACGCGCAUCGGACAGGAGCAGUUUGAGCUGCACGAACGCACAAGCUAAAAAUCACACGAACGUGGCGCCGCCUUCUCACUCGAUGUCAGGAAAGAAAUCGGCUGAAGUCGAGCGUACGAUGUCUUCGCAGUUGGAGAAUGUGUCGUCUGGAACUGGCGGGGACACCCCUCUCAGUAACGGAAGCAGGCAAACUAGUUCGCUGGAUGGAGAAGUUGAUCGAUUGCACAAGGAGCUAAAUCAAGCAAAGAAAGAGCUGCGCGUGAAAGAGAAGCAGCUAAGCAGCACGCAGAAAAGCAUGAAGAUCUGCGAAAAGGAACUUGUUGCACUAGAAGAGGAGUGUCGAAAUAAGGUCACGCACGUGCAGCACGAGUUGUCAGCUAUUCAACAGGGCAAGACCUUAAAUGAGCAGGAGUUCGUUCGCGCGCUCGAGAGAAAGGACAAUCAAGUGCGCUCGAUGAAAGCUGAAAUAGAUGCUCUGUCAAAGGCAAACGCAAAGUGCACAGGCGAUAUCGAUUUACUAAAGGCGGAACUGGCAACUGCGGUUCAGUCAAAGGAUACAUUGUGGACUUCGGCCGCAUCAGCAAGCAACGAGUCUGAGCAGCUGAUCCAGUCUCUUCGCAUUGAGCUGCAGGACACACUGACGGCGAUGCAUGCAUUGAAGCGUGAGCACAUCGAGUCAAAAAACACGAUGUACUCACGCCAGUCGAAGCUAGAAACUGUCAAUGCCGAGCUUCUGAACAAUGUGGCCAGUUUGGAGCGUGAGCUGGCAAAGGCAAGGGAAACCGCUUCUGUUGGUUCUCAAACGAGAUCCGCAGACGAUGCGACUACCGUAUCUAGUUCAGCAUCUAUCGGUACUAACUCGAUGAAUGACGACUACCGGCGGGUGCAGCGGAAGUCGAUUGUAACGAAGAAGUUGCUACAUGACGAGUCAAAAAAGAACGAGAUGCAGAAACAGGAGAUCAUUACACUGACUGGUGAAGUUCAUCGACUGGAGCAAGCGAUAAAGAAUACAGAGGAGCGCUCAGCAAGACAGUUGGCCGCGGUCUCGACAGAGAACGAGGAAUUGAAGGAGCAGGUGAAGCGACUGACAUCGCAAGAUAAUGCCACAACGGCUGCCAGUGACGAGCUACGCAUUCAGCGAUUGACAAAGAGACUGAUCGAAAAGCAGGAGACGAUUGACUCGUUACGCAGCCGUGUAACGACAAUGGAUGUCCGUCUACAACACAUGCAGUUGCAAGCACAGCAAGCCGAGGAAAAGUUUGCCCGGGUAGUGCAGCAUGGCGGCAUUGAUGACAUGGAGAUGGCAACAUCUGUCGGGAAGACCGGUAGAAGUGACAUGCGCUUACGGCCAAACCGCAUGGCCAACAUGAUCUCCCGCGUGGUUCCCGUGGUAGGGCGCAGCCAUCACGUUUGGACGGCACUAGACGUGCUCGACAGCUGGCUGCUCUUCCUCGGCCGGGUGUUUCUGCAGGCCGCAUUUGCUCGCCUCGCAAUGAUGUGCUACAUCGUGUUGAUCCAUUUGUGGGUGUUUACGAUUAUAAGCUUUCACACGAGUCACCUGACUGAAGAGACGCAGCUCGCAAGCGCCGCUGAGUACGGCGCCGUUGAGCGAGAGGAAGAUCUGAUGCCAGGAGGAGGUCACUAA